UUUACGGACUGGCGCAUUGCAUUGUUGGAAAUGAAUUAAAGAUGGCUGUUCGCGAUGACCAAGUAUGAUCAGCGACGGUCAGAAAUAAUGUUUUCCCUUUAAUUUUCCAUUUUCUUCGGUUUUUCACGCGUAGAACUGAUUUCAGGUCUAAACGAAACGGGCGCGUGGUAUUUUCGGGCGGUUUCUGCUUCGUUAAUAGGUCUCAAAGUGCAAUGUUAGUUCUUAGUGUCUUGUACAUAGGAGUACGAUUUUACUAGUUAUGUAUGUAUUUUGAUAAAAGUGCUAAGUGGAAGCGGGUGGUUUGAGUGGCACCAGGAGGGAGGAAGCCGGAGGAACACUGUAAAAUGCAGACUAUGGAGAAACCUCCUCAUCAAUUAACGACACAAACGAAGCAAAGAGAGUCACCGAUGACCAUUCAAAAUGUGGAAACGGCCGCACCUAGUGGAGUGAAAUCGGCGGAGCCUCCGCCUUUGGAGAUCUGCUUUGUUUGUGGCAACAGGGGCCACCCCAGGUCGUACCCUCUGAGCUCCAAACCUAGAUCGGACCGAUCGACUCGCGAUCCGUACUUUCCAUUUUUGGAUAGUCACGAGCCUCCUAAAGGCUAUCCAAAAUUCUGGGGUAAAUCGGACCCGUCCAUCUACGCGGCUUGUAGCCUGUGCUAUCAACUGCUCAUGCAACAAUGGGACCAAUAUGAACAGACAGCCAAGCCUCAUUCGGAGCGGCUCUAUUGGCUGAAACGGGUGGAUAAUGGCCCUUAUACAGGCGCGGAUAUGAACAUGCAGGGAGAGUACGCGGCUCAAAUGCUCGGAUUGAAUACGGAAGGGGGCAUUGUUCCGGUUGCCUCCCAAACCUCCAAGACUGUCGGCCGCGAAGACUCCACUAGGAUCCGAGUGUCUCCUAGACCAGUUUCAGCUCCGGUUGCGUCGACCGGAUUGGAUCGAGACGAAAUGGUACCAGAAGGCGCGUUGGAUCUCACUCAUUCAUCGCAACAGUCUGUAUCAGCACCAGUGCAAUCCGUCUCAGUCCCACCCAUAUUGUACAACCAGAACUCAAACUCCUCAACUGGUACCGACAUUUUGGAUCUUAGCAUGCCAGAUAAAAACUCAGUAACGGAGGUCUGUUACGUUUGUGGCGAUGAAUUCAAGCGAGGAAGUCUCGAUUUUAUCGCCUCCAAACAAGUAGCCGACUCUGCUAUGCAGCCAUUUUUUCCCAGUCUGAUCGAGCAUCCAAGGCCGAGCAGAAGUCGACCCAUUGACUCUUUGGGCCGAGUCCAGGCCUGUGUGGAUUGUCAGCAACAUUUGCUGAAGCAGUGGAUCACGUUUCAGGGCCAGGGUGUUCCACACAUAGAGCGUAAAUACACUCUACGAAAACGGCAAGGAGCUGCCCUAGAUGCAACCACCUUCAUAUGUUACACUUGUACCUUAGAGUACCCUUCUUCUAGCAUCAGACUGUUGUAUAGUUGCCCGAAUAACGAGAAGGAACCAUAUUUUCCAUUUAUCCAGACUCUGAAAGCCCCACUUGGAGCCAGUCCGGUUUCUCCUCAAGGGAUGGUCCAAGUGUGUUCGAUAUGUUACAAGAGCAUUCCGCAAAAGCAUCAGGUUUUUGGUGCAGAUCCUUCGACUCAAAAUUCUCAGCUGACAACAAACAGCAAUCACGUGAGCAUGACGGAAGUUCACUAUGUGAAUACGACUUCGUCCCGACCCAGCACUGUUAAAAGUCCCGCAAAUUCUGCCGGUUCGGAUAUUCGGUACAAACCGUAUGACAUUAAUCAAGCCUCCAUCGUCACAACGAAGAAACGAGCUGCACUAGCUGAUAGCAAAAGUUCAAAGGCGGCGUUGGCUGCCAGGACCACUUCACCCUUGGUGGACAUCAAUGGACAUUCGGGGUCGCAAAGUUACCGCUGCUAUAUUUGCGCAGGCCUCUAUACUUUAGAUCAGAUGGAAUGGAUCAGUACUUCGGCGGAGGGCAUGAACUCGCAUGCUAUGCACUUUCCUUGCCUGUCGAAGGUUUGCAUCGGACGAACGUUGGAGAACAGUUGCAUGGAUUCGCAUGGACGGGUUCUGAGCUGUACGAGAUGCGUGAACCAUUUGGCGCAGCAAUGGGAGACUUUCGAAACCGAUCGGGUGCCUUUAGAGCGGCGAAGAUAUGAUGUACCUUUGCCAGAUACGACGCUGAUGAACGGUGAUCGAGGCAUCCCCACACCCCCCAGCACGAACAGUGAUAGAACGGUUUGCAGCCAACCAUCCUCAGGUGGCAGCAGCAUAUACUGUUUUCUGUGUGGUUUGCAUUCGGAAUUCACCCUCGCUCGAGUGGUGUACAGUAAACCUCAAGGUAGAAAUGCGCCCUAUUUUCCGGUCCUGCUGCGCCACAAAAGUCCGCCCAGCGCUGAGCAGCUUAGAGACGAUGGCAGUGCGCUGGUUUGUACGUUCUGUUACCAUAGCUUAGUUCAUCAGUGGCGUAGGUACGAGUCUCAAGGCAAUCGAGUACCGCCCGCAGACGCUCGCGAAUACAACACUCACGACUACUGCUGUUAUGUCUGCGGAAUUACCACUUACCGGAAACGAGUGCGCGCGUUACUUAUUAAGGAUUUUCCGUUUUUGAGAUUCCACCCGCAGCCUGACAACUCACUGCUGUUGGAAAACGGCGACUAUUCAGUUGUAUGUUUGGACUGCUACGAGACGCUGAGAACCCAGUCAUUGGAAUAUGAAAGAUGGGGCUUACCUUUAGACAAGCGGCAAUAUAAUUGGAUAACACAACCCCCGCCCCCAGAGGAUAGUCCCGAGGCCGGCAUUGCCCGUUUACCGAGCGGACAACGAAGUGAUAAAGUAGCACCCCCAACGUUCCUAGCCAAACCCACCAGAAAGAACCAUUCACCAAAAAUUAUGGAGAGAAAGAUGAAUUCAAAGACUGAACAAAACUCAGGAGUACCUAACAGCCCAAACAAACUACCUCCCACCGUUCCGAGUGCGACCAAUGGCAGCAUAGCAAAUGUGCCAGUGAGCGGCGCUUGCUCUGGAAUGACCAAUCCGAAACCGCGCUCAUCCACCACUGGCCAUACUGUGCCAGGACCUGGCCCUGGUUCCUCCAACAGCCAAUACAGCCAUUCGUUUGCUGCCGCCCUGCGGAACCUCGCCCAACAGAACGUACCUGGCGCCGAAUCUGUUGCGGAACCGCCGGCUGCUCACAGAUCGAGGGAGAGUGGUGAGUGCCGAUGAAAUUGAUGUUUGUACUCAUUGAAAAUGAGCUUUUUAUCCCAA